AUGGAACAUACCCAAAGAAGAACGUGCCGCAAAUUUACAAAAGAACCUGUGAGUAAAACGGAUAUGGAUGCUUUAUUACUAGCUGGGCGUAGUGCUCCAACUGCCCGUAAUAUGCAGCCACUUCGGUUUUAUGUGUUGACAAACACUGAGUUCAUCGCAAAAGUAGCAGAUGAGUGUCAAGAUACCAUUUUCAAUUUGAAUCCAACACUUUAUACAGAAAGAAUGUCUUCAUUGGGUGUCAAAUCAAUACUAACAUAUGACUGUCCAUCAGCAAUUAUUAUCACUGUUGAAAAGUCAAACAAAAGUUAUGCUGAGAUCAAUGCGGGGUUUGCAGCACAAAACAUAUUAGUGGCGGCUUCCAUUCUUGGUCUUGCUACGGUCCCAAUUGGUAUUAUCACGCUUGUUGCUGAUAAGUGGUUAAAUGCACUUCAUAAAGAAAGUAAAACAGAUAUCGAUGAGGAUCUUCUUUUGAUGAUCGCAAUUGGACACCCUGACACAAAAUUUGUUGAGAAUCUUCCAAAGAAAGUUUUAAGUUCGGAUGUGGUUUUAAUUUAA